CCCGCCUGGGUGUCAUGGCGGGUCCCGCCGCUCCGCGGCCUCUCCGCGGGAAGUCCUUCUACCUCGACCUGCCGAGCGGGCGGAGCGCGCGGGAGCUGGCGGAGGCCAUACGGCGCCUCGGCGGGGUGACUGAAAGCUUCCUAAGCAAAGAAGUCAGCUAUGUGGUUUCCAGCAGCAAAGAAGCCAAACGAGACAAAGCCAGGACUCGGACUGAGAAGUGGAGCAAUGUAACUUCAGAAGAUGCAAAAGCCACGAGCCCAGUGCCUUCUACCUCCAAAGGGAACCACACCAGACCUCACCAGAAGCCACCAGACACUGCCCUGAUCAGCAGGGGAAAGGAGCUGCUGCAGAAGGCCAUGAAGAAUCAGGACACCUGCAGUGGCAGCAGUAUCCUCGCCAACGCUCGCCUGUGGGGAGUCCAGAUCCUGCACAUGGAUGAAAUGUUGUCAUACGCUCAACAGCUGCUGCGUGCUGUCUCAGGAGCGAGGAAACGGUGCCAGAAGACAGAGGCAAAAUGCCUUCCAUCUGGAUCAAAAAUUCACAAAGGAAAAUUGAAGCCCCCGUUCCUGAAGGUUGAAGACCAGAGCAGGCAAUUCCGGCCCUUCCAUCACCAGUUCAAAAGCUUCCCCGACCUGAACUUCUUGGCACCCAAAACUUCCAGCCCGUUUGAGCCACUGAAAAGCCUCUCGAAUUCUUGCAGAGCCAGGGGUGCGGAGGGCUGUCCGAUGCGCAGCGACGGGGAGAAGAGCCCCCGAUCCACACCGGUCACUGUGCCAAAGAAAAAGAGGGGAUUUUGUGAGUGCUGCCAAGAGACCUUUGAAGAGCUGCAGAAGCACCUCCAGAGCCCCCAGCACAAGCGGUUUGCGCUGGACGACUCGCAGUACGCCCCUGUGGAUCGCGUCAUCUCGCAGCUCACCAACAACUUUGUGGAGCAGUCGGCCAAGGUGCCUCCAUCCUGCCUGACAGAUGAGCGCUUAGUGCCUCAAGCACAAGUUACUGGAGGAAUUGAGAUGCUGACAGCAGAGCUGGGGAAGGAAAAGGAGCAGCCUGAGCAGGGUGCUGUGGAACUGUUAAUUGACGCGGAGCAUGACCACGGCCUGAAGACCAAGGGGUGUUCCCCUUGCCUGCCCAGGGACGGGGUCAGUAAUCCCAGAGCAGGGGGGCUGUCGAAGAGCUGCUGUCUGGGGCUGCCCGCUGGAGCAGGACUCCCCAGAGCGAGCUGUGCUGCAUGUGGCACCACGGAGGAGUCCACGGUGGGGGACACACGCUCGGGCUGGGUGCCCCACCUGGGCUGGGGGACCUGCGUAGCGGCCGCUCGUGUCGGAGAGGCAGUUACUACUUCAUUUGAACCUCAUAAACAGCAAAUGCUUGGGUCUACCGGCCAUCUUCCACAAGCACUGCCUGCCUCCAGGAAACGCCAGCUCUCCUCCGGACACAGUGCCCAGGUGGGAAAGAAGCCCAGGCUGGAGCAGAGUGGUGGCCUCUCUCCAUGUAGGCAGACAGACCCAGUGGGUGGUGGGAUGGGUGCGCAGGGUGCAGGACAGGUGUUGGAGCCAGGCUUACCUGGUGCGGUGGAAGCUGGCAGCUUGCCCCAAAGCACAGAACUCUCCACCAGACCUCGUAGCUCCCCCGGUUUGGACCCACACCCACGCGGGAGCCCUGGGGACCCUGCGUCACAGCCAGGUUCCCUUGAAGCUGCGUCUGUGGGUUUUGAUCCCACAGAAGCUGCCGCAGCCAGCGCUGUCAGCGAGCGUGGCUGGAGGAGAGCGAACGUGAGUUCCCAAGGGAAGCAGCUCGGAGGGGAGAAUGAAAACGCACCCAGAAAUGUGAGUAGUCCUGAUCUGGAGAGCACAGCGAGCAUGACCAGCUGUCCCACUGGCCGGUUGCCCUCUCCAAAACUGCCUGUGGCUGAAGCCAGAUGUUGCUGCUCGCUCUGUGUCAGAGCGGCAGAGAAAAUAGCACCCGAACUACCUGACCUCGCGGGCCACAGCAGAGAGUGGGCUCCGUGCCCCGGGCUCCUUCAGCCUCUCCCACGCGACGCGCCGGCUGACCACGAGUUCAGCGAGAGUUCUUCUGAGUCAGACUGGGAUGUCCAGCUGCUCUCCACGCUAACGGGCGUCCAGGAUGGCAGGGUUCGGUCUGUGGACAGGGACUUGCUCCAAAGGACACACGUCAACGUGAGGGACAGCGGGUACGAGUCUCAGCUCUGCUCAGUUCUGAAGCAGAAAUCGGAGCUUCCCUGGGCAGGCAAAGAGGACAAGAACUGCCGGAACUGCUGCACAGAGACCAAAGGAGCCUCUUUCCCCGUAUUUGAGACCUUCUUUGGCAGCUGGACUAGUUAAAGCCACCUCCUGGCUGUUCUCUGGGCCCUGAGUGGGAGCUGUGACGUGGCUGGAGAGGGAUUUAACGAGCCACCCUCCCUGCCAGGCCCAGGAGGUACGGCCGAGGGCCAGAGCGAGACUGUCACUGCUCGGUGGUCUCCAGACACUGCAGACAACCUGGGCAGCUCCUGUUGGGAACCGACGGCCGCUGCGGUGGUUUCACUGUCCUUGGCUGCGAGAGGGGCUGGGGUCCUCCCUCCUCUCUGCUGGUAACGCUUCCAGCCAGUAGCUUCCUUCUCAACUCCUCACUGGGCGGCUGAUGAGAUGGUCUUUCUCUGGAAGUCUCUCUUCAGCAGGAACAUGCUCUUGCCCUUCACGAUUGAGAGCAUGGCCCAUUCCUCCUCUCACCCAGUCCUUGGAGGUCCAGAGGCCCUGGGGCUGAGAUCUGGGUUCUUCACGUGGUCUGGGGUUUUGUUGGAUGUCUUUGACUACUUACAGAUGUUUUAACUGGUAUUAAAUUGUUGGGGUUUGGUUUGGUUUUUAGCAAACUUUUAAACUUUGAAAUAAAAUGAAGGAUGAGA